AUGCAGCGCCAACUCCGUCCCCUUGGCAACGGGAGGAGCCCGGAGCCGGCAGACGUGGCAGCGCGUGACGUCAUCACCACUCGCCGGCGGUCGGCUCUUCACGGGUUAGCGGAGCAGGUCCAGCUAGAAGGUACACCGGCUGAGGGCGGUGGGGCUGUGCUGUCCGCUGGUCCUGAACACACCGGGGGCAGGAGGGGUCCCUGGGUGAGCUAUCGCACAGCCUACCGCAGAGGAGAGAAGACCAUGUACAGGAGGAAGUCCCAGUGCUGCCCCGGCUUCCAGGAGGACGGGGAGCUGUGUGCCCGUGAGUGUCCCCCCAAAGCCGAGCCCCCACUCAGACCUGGAGGUGCCAGGCUCCGUUGUGCUAGCAGCGUCACAUGCUGCUCUGAGAAGCUCCGCGUUCGUCAGCACAGCUCAGCAGGAAGCAUGAUUUGUCAGCCCCCCCCCAGGCGGCGGGCCUUUCUUCAGACAGGGCCUGAAUUCAGGGAAAUCCAAAUGCAUGAAGCCCACUGUGCAGAGAGCUGCGUCCAUGGCCGCUGCAUGGCACCCAACACCUGUCAGUGUGAGCCGGGGUGGGGGGGCUCCAACUGCUCCAGCGCUUGUGACAGUCGCCACUGGGGCCCCCACUGCAGCAACAGGUGUCAGUGCCAGAACGGAGCUCUGUGCAACCCCAUCACUGGAGCCUGUAUUUGCACUCCUGGAUACAGAGGGUGGCGCUGUGAGGCUCCCUGUGAGCUGGGGACCUAUGGAAAUGGCUGCCAACAGAAAUGCCAGUGCCAGAACGGAGCCUCCUGUCACCCAGUAACUGGAGAAUGUACUUGCUCGCCUGGAUACACUGGAGCUUUCUGUGAAGACCUGUGUCCUCCAGGCAAGCAUGGGCAGCAGUGUGAGGAGAGGUGCCCCUGCCAGAACGGAGGGGUGUGCCACCAUGUGACUGGAGAGUGCUCCUGCCCCGCGGGCUGGAUGGGCACGGUGUGCGGCCAGCCGUGUCCACAGGGCCGCUUUGGACAGAACUGUUCCCAGGAGUGUCAGUGCCACCACAAGGGCUUCUGCGUGAGCUCCUCUGGACAAUGUGUCUGCAGCCCCGGAUACACGGGAGACCGGUAA